AGCGCUUUUAGGAAUGGGUCCCAAACCUAUUUAGUUAGACAGCAGAGUUACCAAGAAGAGCUGGAAACACCUGAUGGUCUCUGUGGGACAAUCCGCUCCAUAUAACUCUCCUCUUAACUGUCGGAAGAUACAUCUACCUCUAGGCUUAAUUGUUGUUGUGUUUUCUCUUCUGAAAAAAGUAACAGAGCCAGCUGUUCUCUCUUUUCUCUCUCUUCAUCCAAACUGAUAAGGAGACAUUGCACUUUUCUUUUUUUAUAUUGCUAAUAUUUAUUGUAUUUGCACUAACGAUGCACUCCACGCAAAAGGACACGACCUACACAAAGAUUUUUGUCGGGGGUCUACCCUACCACACCACGGAUACAAGUCUCAGGAAAUAUUUUGAGGUGUUUGGUGAGAUUGAAGAAGCGGUGGUCAUAACGGACCGGCAGACCGGCAAGUCCAGGGGAUAUGGAUUCGUGACGAUGGCGGACCGCUCGGCUGCAGACCGGGCCUGUAAGGACCCCAACCCCAUCAUUGACGGCAGGAAGGCCAACGUCAACCUGGCCUACCUGGGGGCCAAGCCUCGGGUGAUGCAGCAAGGUUUUACCUUUGGUGUUCCCCAAAUUCACCCUGCGUUCAUCCAAAGGCCUUAUGGCAUCCCGGCUCACUAUAUGUACCCUCAGGCCUUCGUACAGCCUAGUAUGGUCAUCCCUCAUGUGCAGCCUACAGCCAGUGCACCUUCCAACGCUUCCUCCCCCUACAUCGACUACACUGGAGCGGCCUACGCUCAGUAUUCUGCCGCCGCAGCCAGUGCUGCUGCAGCCGCUGCCUAUGAGCAGUAUCCCUACGCCGCCUCCCCCGCCGCCGCAGGCUACAUGGCUACCGCGGGGUACGGCUACGCAGUACAGCAGCCUCUGGCCACCGCCGCCCCGGGCUCAGCCGCCGCUGUUGCCGCCGCCUUCGGGCAAUACCAGCCUCAGCAAAUGCAAGCCGAUCGCAUGCAAUAGCAGCCACUGCAACCACUGGACAUGCAGAGCGAGGAGCCCCGCCCCCGGCCACAGCUGAUUGGUCAGGAGGAGCGGCGAAGGAAAAGGAAGAGGGAUUGGCUUUAAGGGCGGGCGUGUCAGCGACUCGUAGGCAGAGUUGCUUUAAAAAGGUGAUGAUGGUGGUGGUGAUGAUGGUGGUGGUAGUGAUGAUGAUGAUGAUGAUGAUGAUGAUGGUGAGGUGGGAACCUUUUACAGUAACCUUCCAACUUGCUGUGCUUCAACCAAAAAACGAGAAAAUGAAAAAAAGUUGCAGAACACAUAAUGGAAAGUGAUUUACUAUUAUUGUUGUUGUUAUUACUAUUAUCAUUACUAUUAUCAUUGUAGUAGAGUAAUUAUUUCUAGAAGAGAAGCAGGAACUAAUCCCUGUGGUUGGUAUAGGUGUUGAACUAAGCCUUUAAGUCCUAUUGCUGUCUUUAAUGUUAGUUUAGGUCUAUUAUUUUUCAUUUGUGGUUUUACCACAAGUGUUUUCGGUUAUUUUAUGCCCUCAUAACAUAUAUAUUUAUUAUUGUUAUUAUUACACAUUGGGGGCUCUUCUUGUUCUUUUUGUCAUAUCAAGUGCAUUUUUAGGAGUUAAUAUUUUCUGAUAAUCAGGGAAAUGGAACCGUUUCCAACAUGUUAGCUAUUAUAAUGUGACCUCUGUCAGGAAGUCGAGGAGUCCUAACUUAUUGUGUCACACUUAUUUGAUGAACUACCUUUUUAUCUUC